AUUAUUAUUAUUAUUAUUAUUAUUAUUAUUAUUAUUAUUAUUAUUAUUAUUAUUACCCAUCGCUAGCUACGUGCAGGAGCCAUAAUAUUAAAGAUUCACACUCCCCCCAGCAACACGCCCUGCUGCUGUCGAUAGGUAGAGUUUGACUCGACCGGCAGCAGUUUGACGCGAGCGAGCAUCCCGCCGUACAUCCGCGCACGUGUCCUGUUUGUUUGCCUACCUCACAGGUGGACAGCUGCGUAUGGAUGGAUGAGGCCGUGGCGGGGGCGGCAGCCGACUCAACAGGGAAGGCGCCGCUGCCGCUCGGCUGUGGCGGACGCCGCCGCCGCCGCCCCGUCGGCGACGGCGGUGCCCCUCACGCAGCUGGCGAUGGCGGCGCGGGUCGUCCUGCGGUGGUCGUCCAGAUUGUCAGGUUGCAACCUUGCAACAGCCGCGUCCCGGCAGCAGGCCUAGCGGGGGUAGCAGCGGCCGCAGCAGCAGGUGCAGCAGCGGAUGCGGCAGUGGCACCAUCAGGGGCCGCUGGAGGCGCGGGCGGCGGGGGCGGCGCAGCAGGUGGCGGGGGCGGCGCAGCACGUGUCCACCAGCACGUGGAGGCAAACAUGGCGGCGGCGGCGGCGGCGGCGGCUCGUGCAAACGUUAACGCAAUGGCUACUGAUGGUGCCGCCGCCACCACCGCCGCCACCACCGCCGCCGCCUCUGCUGCAUGCCAGCAGGCCGGCCCAGCAGGCAGCAGGAGCGACCCCGGCGGCGGCAGCAGCAUUGGUGGCAGCGGCCUCCUUGCGCUCCUGCCUGCUGCUGCUGUUGCGGCGCCAGCGCCGCCGUCACAGCGGCGGCGCGCGGCCACCCUGGGGCAGCAGCAGCAGCAGCACCCGCAAGAUCCCAUCAUGUGCUUGGAGGGUUGUUUGGAGACCGUCAGCAGCAGCAGCGUGCACAGCAGUGAUGGCGACAGCGGUGGGAAGGGUGGCGGUGGCGGCGGCAGUAGUGCCAGAAGCGCCAGCAGAAGUGGCAGCAGUGCCGCACUUGUUGUUAAGGCCUUCAAGCCCGCCGCCGCCUAUCACGAAAGCGGCAGCAGGCGGAGCGGCAGGCGACAGCAGGGGCCACAGCAGCGCUCGCCGGCGGCCCUUCCCCGGGCUGCUGCUGCGGCCCCAGCAGCAGCAGAAGCCGCCGGUCGCGGUGCCACUGUAGGCGGCGGCGGCGGCGGCGGCGGCAGUAGCAGCACAGCACAAGCCCUACAAGGAGACGCUGCUACUGCCACAGCGGCCUUGUCACAGUGCGUCACGGACAACGGGCUGUGCCAUGUCACUGUAAUUUCAUUCUCGUCCGGGGCGGUCUUGUUCCAAAACGCCAUGUCAAAGGCGCUUUAUGGGGACCUGGCCACCCUCCAGCACUUGCAACGGCUUGCCCCAGGCAGCGACACCGCCCUCGGCGGCACCAGUGUCAUCACCACUACUGCUGCUGGCCGCGCGGCCGCUUCCGCGGGACAGCUGCUGCUGCAGCUGCUGCUGAGUGGGGCGGAGGCGGAUGCCGGCAGCAGCAGCGGUGCAGGCAGCAGCGGCAGCGGCAGCAUGCAAGGCUCGUCUAACAACAAUGCGUCAAUUGCAGCGCGAUCACCCGGUGAGACCGGCGGGCGCAAUGGUGGCGAUGGCGGUGCAGGCGGCGGCGGUCAGCAGGAGGAAGCGCGGAGGGCUGUGGCACGGGUGCUGCUACAGCUGGCAUCCGGACAGGCCUACACGGGGGUAUCGCAGCUACCGGCGCCGCUCUUCGAUCUGGCCAGCAGCCUCGCAGAGGCGGCAGCCCUAGCGCCGCCUGUUGCCGCCGCCGCCGCUUCCGCUUCCUCGGCGGCGGCGGCGGCGGUGGCAGAUGCAGGCCUGUCAAGCAGUGGCAGCGGGUUCAGGACCACACGACAGCGGCAGCAGCGCACGGCGGGACAGAAGACGCCGCCCGAUGCUCCUGGCGACUUUGACAGCAGCAGCGGCUGCUACAGCAAAGCAACACCCGCGGCCUUGCAGCCUGUUGCGACGUUCCUCAACAGCAGCACGCCCACAACGGCGGGUGCUGCUGCUCGCGCUAGCAGCGCCGGCGGCGGCGCCGUCAUCACUACCGGUGCCGCCGCCAGCGCUGCUGCUGUCGCCGCCGCAGCCGGCAGUGUUGAUGCCGUUGGAGCCCCAGGUGUGGAGGAAGACGAGCUGUCGCUGCUGCGGACUGGCUUCACUAGUGGCCUCCGUACCGCGUUGCGAAAUGCGCGCGCUAGCAGGAGCCGUGUCGGCGGCAGCGGUGGCUGCGGUGGCGGCGGCGGCGGCAACAGCAGCAGCGCCACUGACGCCGCCAUGUUUACUCUGGACCUGUUGUUUGGCAGCUUUGGCAGCGGCUCUGUGGGCGGCAUGGCCUCCGCUGCCGCCGGUGGUGGUGGCGGCGGCGGCGCAGCAGGCGGCGGUACCCUCGUCGGACUUGGGGCCGCCGGCAAUACUAGCAGGAGGCUAGCGCCAGAGCUAGAUGCGGUAGACAGGGCUCUGCUGGAGGCGCUGCCAUUCCGCGGCAAUUCUAACCGCCGUUCCGAUAAUGGCCGCCGCCGCCGCUACGGUGGAGGCGGCGGCGGCGCCGCCGCUGCCGCUCUGCCGGCAGCAAUCACCGCCGCCAGGGCCACUGCAGAUUAUGAUCAACGGCCGCAGUCACAACUACUUCUGGGGCGCCGACGCGUGGCGUCCGCUGCCGGCGCCACUCCCCGACGACACAGCAGCUUGUCCAUGAGCCCCGUCAGCGGCCGCACUGUCUUGCCAGCAACCGCCAUUGGUGUCAACCCCAGCAGCAGCAGUACGGCGGCCGCCGCCGCUGCCAUCGCUUCAGAUGCCGCUUGUCCUCUAGACCCGCCGCCGCCGUCGUCGCGGGCCGCCGCUGCAGCUGCUGCUGCCUCUGCUGCUGGCCCAUGGGCGGCGCCGGCGCGCUCGCAGCAGCAGCAGCAGCAGCAGCAGCAGCAGCCGGGCUCAGUGGGCAGCCCUGAAGCAGCAGCAGGCUUGGUGCCCGGAUUCGGCAGCAGCAUCGCAGCAGCCGCCGACACCAGCACUGCAGGUACUGGUGGUGGUGGUGGUGGUGGUGGUGGAGAAGGCGGCAGCAACAUGCUGUUGAGAAGCGGCAACGGGGAGGGAAGCGACGGCGGCGGCGGCAGCGGCAGCGGCGUCAAGGUCGCCGCUGCAGUGGAAGUAUCAGCCGCGUCAGCGGUAGCAACAGUAGGAGGCAACAGAGGUGAUGGCGUAGCCGCUGGCAGCAGCGGCACUACUGCGGCGGCGGCGCUGCUCCACAGUAUCGGUAGUGGCCGCGGCGGCGGCGGCGCCGCCGCCGCUGGCGCUGCCGCCGCUGGAGGUCAACGGAUCGCCAUCCUCAGCGACGACAUAUCCGCCGCCAGGGCGUUUGACAGCAGCAGCAGAGAGGCACUGGUGGCAGGAAGCCUCAACAGCAGCAGCGCUCUGCUAACAAGCAACGGCGCAGGCGGCGGCGCAGGCGGCGGCGGCGCAGUGGCCGCCGUGGAGGCGGCGGCAGAAACGGUUGCGGCAGCGAUUGCGGCAAGGGUCACCGCAGCGGGCGCAACCGAAGAGGCAUCCUCUGCUGCAACCAUAGCAACAAGCACCGCAGACAAUGCAACAGGGGCAGGAAGCACAGCAAUGCUGCUGGACUCUGCUGCUGGCGGCGGCGGCGGCAGCGGCGGCGGGGCAGCGGCAGAAGUCGUAGCAGGUGGCAGCGGCAGGCUUCAUUUUGGUGAGGGUGCCACGGCGGCGGGUGGCUCUAGCUCACGCCUGUUUACCUCUUCGGUGUGUGGCCCGCCACAGCUGCUGCUUCGUUCGGGCAGCCCUACGCUCCACAUCUCGCGCGCCUCCUCGCAAGCCUGGCAGUUCUCCGGGCGACCCACGCCCGCAGGCAGCAGUGCUGCAGCUGCCGCCAUGUCCUCCGAUGCCACCACGACAGUGGAUGGCGGCGGCGGCGGCGGCGGCGGCGGUAGCAGCGGGGCACAUGGCACCAGCUCCGCCGCCUGGCCCGCACACAUGCCUUCGCCACGGGCGGCGCUGCUGCUGGCGUCCCCGGUUGCGGCGACGGCUGCCACCGGUGUCACGCAUGGCUUUACUGCUUUGACAGCAGUACCGACGGCGGCUGCAGUGACUGAUGGCGAACGAAGCUCUGCCGCCCCUCCGACCACCGCCGCCGCCACUGUUCUCAUGCCAUGCUCGGCGCUGCAAAGGCUGACGAUCUUUGCAGGCGGGCCGGCGGCAGCAGCUGCGGCGUCAGCUCGCGCGUCAGAUCACACAGCGCGCCUGCCGCUGCGGCGGUCCGUCAGCUCGGUGUCUGCGCUGCUAGAGGUUCCAAAUCUGUCAGGGACAGCAGUAGCAGCAGUGGCAGCAGUAGCAGCAGCAGUACCGCCUACCGCUUUAUCUUCACAGCAGCAGCACCAGCAGCACCAGCAGCACCAGCUACUGCGGCGGCGAGCAACAGUCAGCCGGCUUGCACCUGCGGAGGCGAUCGCGACUGUGAACCUCCUUUUGGGGGACGCGGCGGUCCAUAGUGCACCCGCUGCAACCCCGGCCGCUGCAACACAGACACCAGCACCUGUAGCACCCGCAGCAGCAGCGAGCAAUGAUGCCGCCACCGCUGUACCGCCGCCGAUUCCGCCGGGGUCCCAUCCUGCGUCGGUGGGGCCUUUCUCGACGGCCUUCGCUCUCAGCAGCGGCAGCAAUCUCACUUCCGCCGCUGCUGGCGGCAGCGCUGGCGUAUCGCUGGCCGGCGAGGGUGCCAAUGAUACUAAUGGCGGUAGCACGACUGCGCGUGAUCGCUCUGCUGCUUACCUGGAGAGGCUUGGCCAUGCAAAUGACCCAAGCCUGUGCGCGUGGGGUCUUGGAUUGCUGGUGUCCGGUACGGCCACGGCGUCAUCUUCCAGCAGGCGUGGCGGCGGCACAAGCGUGGCGGGCGCUGGCGGCGGGAGGAGCGACGGCGCGCACACAAGCGGCGGCACGGCGGCGGGCAGCAGCGGCAACAACCCUGCUGCCUACCCCCUGCUUGCUACCCUGGGGAGCAGCAGCGGAGGUGGUGGCGGUGGAGCUGGAGGCGGCAGUGGAGGCGGCAGUGGAGGCGGCGGUGGCCGGGCAACCGGUGGCGGCGGCAGUGGAGGCGGCGGCGGCCGGGCAACCGGUGGCGGCGGCAGGCCGCCGCUGCGGCCAGGCCAACUGAGCCGCGCCUUCCUUGCAUCGGCGGGCUCCGCAGUAGUUGGGGGUGGUGAUGUGGCGGCCUGUGGGUGGCAGGCGGCCACCUCCGCCAGCGGCGGCGGCGGCGGCAGCGGAAGCCGCAACGACAGCGCCGAACACCCGGCGCAGGCGGGCGCUCCUGACACCAACAAUACGGCUGUAGCAGUGGCUGCAGCGGCGGCGGGGCCAGCGGUAGUGGCGGGACCAGUGGCGGCGGGACCAGUGGCGGCAGGGCCAGUGGCGGCGGGACCAGGGGCGGCGGGGCCAGCGGCGGCGGGUCCAGCAGCGGCGGGGCCACCAUAUCACAUGGUGUUGCCAUCAGAGCAUCAGCGCCCAUUGCUAGUGUCACUGCAGCAAGGCGAGGCUCGACAGCAGUGGCUGCGGCCUGACGUGGCACCACAGCAGCAGCAGCAGCAGCAGCUAUACCAUACUUAUGGGGAAUGCCGUGAGGGGGCCACGCGUGUGCUGCCUGACGACAGUGCAUCAGGCUCGGCGGUGGAAGAGGCGCCGCCGGCGGGGGACCCGACGGGGGUUCCAGGCGAGGCGGCAGCAGCAGAGCCAGCCUUGGCUGUGCGCACGGCGGCAGCAGCCGCAACGGCGGCAGAGGCCGGUGCUGUGGGCGGCGGUGGCCAGGCACUCGGCCGCGUGUCAGCAACAUCGGCUGCCGCUUUGGCGCCUGCAGCAGACAGAGCAUGCAACCGACCCAUGGUGGUCGCGCCGGAGGUGGUUGCGCCGGCAGUGGUUGCGGCGGCGGUGGUUGCACCGGCGACAGUGGUUGCGGCGGCGGUGAUUGCGCCGACGGCGGUUGCAGUAGCGGCAGCGGCGGUGCCGGCGGUCUUACAGCGGGCCUCUCGCAGCUCCCGCGCCUUCAGCUCCACCCGGGUAGAACGUGUGGCCUUCAGCCUUUCACCCACCACCGUGCACACGUCCGAGUUCGGUCCCUCGGGAGACCCGCCGCAGGCCAACGACCCCUUUGACAGCAGCGGGGACGCCUUCACUGCAACAGCAGGCUGUAACGACAACAGCAGCAGCAGUACCAUGCCACCACUGGGGCGGCGGCGGAGGCCGCCGCAACGCACUGACACGUCGACGCGGCUGCAGCAGCUGCUCAACAGCUUCUCCGAAACCCAACACCAACAACACCAGCAGCAGCUGCACACGUUGCACGAGCUGCACGUGUCACCGCCUGCCUAUGCAACUGCUGCGGCAGCAGCAGCGGCUGCCUCGCCCAGAACUCCGCCGCACACGCCCAGCUAUGCUCGCCGCUCCUUCAUGCACACGCUGCUCGCUGACCCGGCAGCUGUUGGCCCGCGAGUCUCUUCACGGCGUCAGUGCGUGCACGUCGCCACAGCUGCAGCAGCUGCCGCAGCUGCCUGCUGGUGCUUGGAGCCCACCACCACCGCCAGUGAAUCGGACUUGGAUCAGGAACACCUGCACCCCAGCACCACCAAGGCCGGUGGUGAUGGUGUGGUUCAGCGGGUUAGCAGCAGUGGGAAGGUUGGUGGGGAGGCGGUGGCAGGCUCCUUUGCAGUAGCAGCUGCCACAGAUGGGGCAAGCAGUUGGCACAAAGGCAGCAAAGUUGAAGGCACAGGCAGUGGUGGCAAUGGCAGGCCCAAGCUGGUGCUGGUGGUGACUCAGGUGGACGUGACAGAGCAGGUGGAGGCACACCAGCCUCUGGUGCAGCUGCUGCAGCAGGAACACAAGUUGCUGGAGGGCAUAUUCCCACGCCACAUCCUGGAAUACCUCACCCUGCAAGGUGGAGAUUCACAACAACAGCUGGUGGAUGGCUGUGGCGGAGGCAUGGGUGGCGGCGCGGCAGGUGGCGGCUUUGGGUUGGUGGCGGGAGCCCUGGCGGCACAGAAUGGACGUGAGAGAAUGGCAACCCUUGCGACAUCACAUUCCUGUGUCACCAUCCUCUUCACGGACAUUGUGGGCUUCACUGACAUGUGCAGCGCCGCCACGCCGUACGAGGUCAUGUGCUUCCUCAACUUACUCUACCGCCGGUUCGACGGCCUGGUGGAUAUCUACAAGGUGUACAAGGUGGAGACCAUUGGCGACUGCUACAUGGUGGCCGGCGGGCUUGUCGCUUACGACAAUGAUGGCUACAAGUCGGUCAUCACUGGAGAGGAGGACCCGCUGCACGCGGUGCGCAUCAUGGAGUUUGCCAAGGCUAUGCUACGUGCAUCACGUGAGGUGCGCAUGCCACACAACAGCAAGCCUGUGCAGCUGCGCGUGGGGCUGCACAGCGGCCCCGUCACCAGCGGCGUCGUGGGCGACCAAAUGCCACGCUUCUGCCUCUUUGGAGACACAGUGAAUGUGGCGAGCCGCAUGGAGAGCAUGUGCCGGCCCGGCCACAUCCACGUCAGUGCAGCCACUCAGGUGCGGCUGCCCAACGAGCCAUGGCGUGACCUGGGCAUGACGAUGGUGAAGGGCAAGGGCCAGAUGCGCACGUUUGAGUGGGAUGGGGAAGCAGGGGACUCACUGGAUGGGCAGCAGCUGCAGCGUGUGCUGGGGCUGUACCUGUAACACCAGCUGGCCCCGGACACAUGGAAAGGUCAUCAGUAUUGUGUCUUGUUUACUUGGGCAACAUUGCCACUGCCGUGCUUACCGCUGUUUGUACGGAGCCAUUGCAAGGUUGAACAAUAAAUGGAAGGAGAUUGCUGCACUUGGGUGGUGCAAGUGGUGGCUCCAAGCAAUACUGUACUGUAGUGGGGAGUGUGGCUGGGUUGAUUGGUGUGCAUGGUGUUAGAAUAACAACUGCAGGGCACUACAAGUGAAUACUACUGGCGUGACUGCUGGCAUGACUCCAGCUACACGCACGCAUGACAAUAGAAGUGAAUUUUGCUGUGAGUCAGGGAUGACUACAUAGACUACACAUUGCUAUGACUGGGCUGCUGGGACAGGCACCCUUGCCUGUGCACGCACAUCCUUGCUGGCUGGUUAUGGUCAUUUGCUGGAAGGUGUGAUAGAAAGCGAAGUGAUUUAUGCAAUUUAGAGGCUGGUGAACGUGUGAGUUUCACACGCCUUGCUACCUUGCCCUCUGCUGCUGCAUGCAUGCAUUGGGCCUAUCACUGAUGCUCACUUGUUAGUUUGUAUGCAUGACACUAGAGCCAAACACUGGUGUACACAACACAUGCAAAAGCAUGGUUUAAAUUGUUAUGGAUUGCCAGCAGGGCACAGAGGUUUGAAUGUGCAAGUCCUAGAUAGCUGGCUGACAACAUUCCCACUUUGACAUGAAUAUUGUGUGCUGAAUGCAUGUGAUCUGUACAAGUGAACCACAACAAAUGCUUGCACAUUUGGCAUACACAUUUUCCCAGUUGUUCUCUUGCUUGACCUACAAGGUGUUGAGCCACAGGGGCGGCACGGUAGGGGUAGCAGGAAGGCUCACAGGUAGGGGUGCAUACCAUUCUCAGGCAGGCUUGAGGCGGUAAACAGUGUACAUGCUGUACGGCAAUGAACAGGAAGGGGCACUCACUCCAGGAAGGGGCGCUGGUGGCAGACCACUGGCGGUCAAGGCAGCUGUGCUGCGCAGUGGACAUUGCUGGUGCCUGAGCAGCAGUGUGUGCCCUUGGAUAGGGGCCGCAUGCUGUGGAGUACGCAUUAGUUCCGCAACACUCGUCAAUAAGUGGAUCACUUUCACUGUACGGUAUCCUUGCUCCUGUCAAACAAGCUGUGUGUUUGGGCCUUUGUGGUUCCUUCUAGGGCAUCUGGGGAGUUGACAUGUUUGCAAGCAGCAGACAGAUACAGUGUGCUCUCAAACACUCAUGUGUGUAUUCUGUGGUGGUCAUCCUGGCCCUGUCCUUGUCCUGUCCUGGCACUUGCUGUUGCGUGCACUGUAGAAGCACAGCGCAACAUUCUGAAACAGUUC